GCGCGCGGUGAAACAAUGCGCGCUCCCCGCUCGUCUGAACAUCAUCAACUUUCUGUUUUUACACAAAUAUGUCAGAAAACGACGUCACAGGAGCUUCUAAUACUGAACAAGUUAGAUAACGACCCUGUUUAACUCGCAGCGUUUGGUUUGAGGAGUUUCACAGGGUCUCAGGUUCGUCUGUGAGACAUUUAUAGUGAAAAACAUCUUGUGGACUUUAAUCAACUUUAUUAUGGCUUUGGAAUGUAUUAAAAACUGCUGCAAGGUUUUUCUGGUGAAGGAGAAAGAACCAGAGCCUCAAAUCAUUACAGUUCGACCCUUUCCAACGCUGCCAGAGGCCAAUGUGAAGAAAAAUGUGUUGGGCGUCUCAGAGGAUUAUCUUCUUUCCAAACUGCCUCCUGAUGGUAAAGAAAUACCCUUCGUACUCCCUUCAUACAGAUCUUCCUACAUACAGCCCCAAGAGACGCAGUACUCCAUCUACCAGGCCGGACUACAAGGUUCGGCGAGAGCCACGUACGCAGACAGGAAGGCCGAGCUGUCUUCUGCCGCUCAGUUCACCUACGACCCCACUUCCCCUGUUAACCCGGGUCAUGUGAUCAGCUACAUCUCCCCGAGGACCGUCAGAAGACCCCCGCUGAGAGGCGGACACGUGUCAGCCUUCGAGCAGAGCGUGAAGCAGAGACUCAGCGCCUCCAUGUUGGAUCUGUCCAGUCCUCACGGCCACAUUCAGCGCUAUGACUCAGUGAACAGCGUCCCGAGCAGCGCUUCCUCCAUCCAGGAUUCCUUCGGAAGCAGCCGCAGCAUAGAAUCCAGCACAGUGUCGAGUGAUGAGCGCGAGAGGGAUUUGGGGAAGGUGUGUGUGCGUGUGAGCUACCAGGAGGCGGUGGAGCAGGUGUGGAUCACGCUGGUGCAGUGUAAGGAUCUGUGUGUGUACUCGGAUGGUGGCGAGCAGCAGAGGGUCGGCUUUAAGGGGGUCAUCACCAUGGCGAAGCCUGUGCAGUUUAAGACUUCAAUAAAAGAGGCAACACCAGACGUGGUGUUUAUGGAGACCUUUGUGUUCACUCUGAACCUGGAGCAGCUGCGCAGUUGUGCAUUGGUGCUGCGCCUGCAGACACACACCCCUCGCAAACGCACGCAGGGCGAAUGUGUGUUAUCUCUCCGCACGCUCACUUUGCAGGAGACCGAGCACUAUCUGGAGCUGAAUCCACCCUGUAAAACACACGUUUGUCACGCAGAGCUCCAGGUAUCCACCUGCUUCCAGCCCGUCAGCAGCCGGAUCCAGCUCCAGAUCCUCAGCGCUCAGAACCUACCUUCAUCAUCAUCGCUCCUCACACAGAGUUUCUUCGUGAAAGUCGAGAUGUUCAGUGACGGACGCUUUAUAAUGAAGAGGAAGACGAAGCUGGCGAAGCCGUCCGGAGGGAAGGUGCAGUGGGCGGAGUCAGUGCUCCUGCCAAUCACCAGUCAGGACUACAACGUCCAGCUGUCAGUCAAACUCUACGGCCGUGGAUCUAUACGCAGGAAAUACCUGCUCGGUCAGGUCUUCCUGGGUAUCGACAGCUCAUCACCGGACGCCGUGCAGCAGUGGACCGACUCCAUCACACACCCAGAGAAAGUGGUUACAGCUUGGCACAGACUGAGCCACUCCUGAGAGAGAGAGAGAGAGAGAGAGAGAGAG